CGCCAGAAAACCCACUUUUUAGAGUCCAAAAAGAAAACAAAAAAGGAUCCUAAGAACCGCAGCGCACCAUCUGAUUUGAUUUGGUUUCAUCAGCACAAAUUUGAGUUCAACAACGAUGACCUCACGACGCACUGCCACCGCCUGUCCCUUCUCUCUUAUCUUUGUUUCUUUUUCUAUCCCGCCUCUCAGAGAAGGAAGUAGAAAUGGACGGCCUUCUAUGUGAUGAGCUCCUUUAUGAAAUCAUCCAACGCCUUCCUCCCUCCUCCUUCGCCGCUGUCUUUCUCGUCUGUAAGCGCUGGCUUUCCGCUAUUCGUGCUUGCACCACCAACCUCUCGCUUUCCAUCCCACAUCUUUCCCUUCAACAUCUUUCCCUUCCUUCACCCUCGCUUUCAAAGAUCCUCUCCCACUACCCCAAUCUCUCCUCUCUUACUAUCCUAUCCAACCCUUUCGACGACCACGGUGCUGAUGCCCUUCUUCUCUCGGUAGCCGCCGCUCCUUGUGCGUCUCGCCUUAUUCAGCUCCGAUUCGUCUCUUUAACCUCCCCGGUCUCCUCCUCUGCACUGCUUUCUUCUUCAGCAUCACUAAAGAAUCUCACCAAUCUCCGUCUCUCCAUUAUUUUUCCGCUCUCUUUUAGCUGGCUCUCCAGCUUCCCCUCCAUUAAAUCCCUUUCGUUCGUCUUCUUCCCCAAAUCCCCUACUGUCCUUGGAGCGUGCGAUGUAGAGGGCGAAGAUAGUGUCGAUCUUGCGGAAGACUAUAAGAAUUCAUCAAUUGUUACGCUUCCACUUGAGAGGCUUUCUAUUUCUGGAGUCCGUGCAGGCGACUUGGGGAUGUCGUGGAUUUGGCAGCGUUGUGGAAACCUGCGUCGGCUCCGACUACGAGCAUGUGAGGGUACCGGCGACGGGACCUCUUCCCCCUAUUUCACUUUAUGCCUCGCAAGCCUUCUCGUGCUAGAGCUCCGCGGCUGCCGCGCCAUUGCGGACCGUGUCCUCCUCCGCGCCGCAGACCACUGCCACGAUCUCACCUCAUUACUUAUCUACGACGGGGGCAGCAGCGACGCCCUUCACUACUUCAUCAGCCGGCGUGCUGCAAGCCUCAAUACCAUCGAUCUCCGUCUUCCCCUCGACCUCCACAACGACCACCUAUCCGCAAUCGCCUCUGUGGGGAAAUCCAAUUCCCCUUGUCUCACGACUCUCCGGCUCCAAAGUUGUUGCCUUGUGACAGGAGAUGGGCUCCGUGCAGUUGGAAGGGCAGAAUCUGGCAAGGCAAUAGAGGAGCUGGCUCUGGUAAAUUGUGACGUGUUAGAGAGAGAGCCAGGCCUGUUGAGUUUUCUUGGACAGAGUCUCCCGCGACUUCGAAGGCUAGACUUAUCUUAUAAUGAAACAUUGGGGGACAAGGAGUUAGUAGCGAUGUUGAGCUCUUGUGCCAGCCUUGUGGAUAUUAAGCUGCGAGGCUGCAGCUGCCUCACGGACUCCUUAGUGGUUUGGCUGAUCGAGUGCGGCAGGCUGAGGUUGGAGAUCGCCGAUCUGAGCAGGUGUCCUGGUAUUAGUGUCCAUGGCAUUGAAAUAUUUAUUCUUAAUUCCUCCAUACUGAGCUGUGUAAGCGUGGAGAAUGAGAAGAUCUCUGAGAUUGCCAUGGCUAUGGCUUCACGCAGGAAAAUCCAAAUUGGCGAUUGAUUUAGAAUUGGUCCAAAGCUUCCUAUAAACGGCAACCCUCAUUCAUUCUUUUCUCACCUAGUUAUGAAAGUAUUAAUUUGUCCUUCUGAAAAAGGGUUUAUUGAUUAAAUAACUGUGUGAGUGCUACCUGUUUUUACUAUUAUAAAACUCGUCUUAUUCCUACUCCUCAACCUCUUCAUUUUUACCACUUUCAAUGUCGAAGUAAUCAGACUUCUGAACUUAUGUCUUGGAAAUGCUAGAAACUAGCCAAUUGGUUGCUGUCAAUGUAGUGAUGGGUCAUUGAAAUUUAUUUCAUGAUAUGAUUUUAAUGUAACAGUAUUUUAUAGGAAAUCGGAAUUGGGAAUGUGCUUAAAGUUAUGUUAGUUUUA